AUGAGCUCUAGGGCUGCCCCGCGGCUCCAGCAGCUCCAGCGGCACCUGGGCGCCCCAGAGGGCAGCGACAUGGAGACUCCCAGCAGCCCAGUGACCACGCACGUGUUGGACACUGCCUCAGGACUACCGGCCCAGGGCCUCUGUGUCAGUCUGUCUAGGCUGGAGGUUGAGGGCCACCGUCAGCAGUGGUUGGAACUAAGAACAAGCCACACAGACACAGACGGCCGCUGUCCUGGGCUGUUGGAGCCUGGCCAGAUGAGAGCGGGUGUCUACAAGCUCACCUUCGACACUGAGGCCUACUGGAGGAGGAAGGGCCAGGAGAGCUUCUACCCUCAGGUGGAGGUGGUCUUCACUGUCACCGACAAGAUGCGGAAGCUCCACGUGCCCCUGCUCCUGAGCCCCUGGUCCUACACCACCUACCGUGGGAGCUAG